GAAGCGCACUCACUGGCGCAACAUCCAAAGGAUAUCCGGUUGCCACUUCGGCUGCAAAAAUUCUUGACUCAAUAAAGUUUUUCAAAAGAAAAACAAAACUGCUUCCGGGGUCUGAUUUUUAAGGUGGUCUGAACUAUUACUGGAGAAAAAUGUGCCUUUCUAAUCGAACUCUCUUUGAAGGUUCACACCUUGUUUAAAUGACAUUGCAAAGUGUCAGCACUUGAACGGGUAGAUAAAUGUGUCACAGCUGCACUGUAAUAAUAGCUAAUUAAAAGUGAGGAGCGUGACUUCACCAGUUCCACCUUAAAAAUACACGUUCCUGAGCAGCACAGCCGGACUGCAUCUCAACACACUAACUGAACCAGUGUGGAACCAGUUUCACAAAGUUGGAAGAUGAAUUUUUCUGAAGCGAAAUUAGAACUGAAGCAGCUGCUGAAGAAAGUCAACCCGUGUGAACUCCGCAAACUGCUGAAGUGGAUCAGAACCGCAGACGAGUUAGAUGAGCUGCUGUCAGACAACAGGACGGUGAUCCUACGGCACAUCGCAGAUGAGCUGAGAGGCAGUCUGCCUCAGGACGCCAUGUUCCCCUCCGAGAGUACUGCAUACUGCAAGAUGCAGCAGCUUCCCCGGCCGACCGUCCACGUCGACAGCUUCCUGUAUGAUGAGGAUCAAGUGGACUCUCUGUGUGAGGAGGGAACGAUGAGCCGGUCCUACUGCCUCACCUGUGGGUCCUACAGAACCGCACCUCUGGACUUCAUCUCUCACUCGUUCUCGAUAUCAGAGCUUCAGUUUCUCUUUGAGAACGUUCUUCCAGACCUCAGCGACCGGCUGCUGGUGGACGUGGGCUCCAGACUGGGAGCUGUCCUGUAUGGGGGUUACGUGUUCAGCUCAGCCUCUCAGCUGGUUGGCCUGGAGCUCAGUGAAGAGUUUGUCAAACUGCAGAACAACAUCCUGCACAAAUACAAGCUGACAGACAGAAUCAAGGUUCUCCAAACUGACAUUUGCCUGCAGAGCACUCUGCUGCAGAACACUGACGUUCUCAUCAUGAACAACGUGUUUGAGUUCUUCAUGGAACCCUGUGAACAAGUCAGAGCGUGGAGGUUCAUCAUGGAGAACUUCAGGAAGAAAGGAUCUCUGCUGGUCACCGUUCCCAGUCUGCAGGAGAGUCUAAACACACUGCAGCAGGAGGCACUGCAGCCGGGCUGGGUGGAGGAACUUCCUGUCAACUAUGAGGUUUACCUGGGCAGAGACACAGACCCCGAUGCUCUCAGACAGAUCCACCUGUACAGGGUUGUCUGACAUGGACUAGUCUGGACUGGUCUGUUGUUGGUGUGAGAUUAUUAUUUCUAGUCUAAUCUGGACUGGGAUUCUUGUACAGAUUGCAGGUCUGGGCUGGGUUCUGGGCUGUGCAUCUCUUCAUGAAUCUUUCCUCUGUUCUCAGUAAAGUGAUGUACUAAAACAGACUGCACAUUUGAA